AUGAUAGGUAGGCGAGCGGCCACCGCCGACGCCGACGGGGCGUGCGUCCCGCGGAGACGUCGCCCGAUGUGUGCACCAUGGCAUCUGUCGACGGGGGCAAUCGUCCUAGUGUGUGUUGUACAAUACAUGACAAAGUGUACUGGCGUGAAGGCGGUGUUCUGUGCACGUCCUCGUACGAAUCUUACUACGCAUUCGCUUCGUGGCGAACGAGCGUGUAUACUCGGGUGUAUGUGGACGCAGCCGUGUGUUUGGCGCUACAGUACAACGAGUAGGCGAGCACGCGCAAGGCAAUACUUGGGUUUCGUUGACCAGCGAGCGCCUCGCCUUCGGCAGCUUGCCCACCGGGGCUGUGGCUGCUUGGUAGCGCUUGCUUCGGCGGAGGAACCUCGGUCGCAGGACGAACGCGCUCGGGAACCGCCUCCGUUUUCCGAGCAGGAGGUUGAAGAACGCGUAUAUUUAGCGGAUCUUCCGCUGCUGUCUGUUCAGGAACUUUCGAGGAAACCCGAGCGUUGGGAGCGCACUGGUGCUUACGCAGUAUUCGAUGAAGAACGCACGCUUCGGUAUGUUGGUUACACAAAAAACGUCCUCGCGAAGCUGCAAGUGCAUCGAAAGUUGCAACCGUCCCUCUGCCGCUAUUUUAAAACGUAUUUCCCGACUCGUGGCUCGCAAGAAGCUACACCAGACGUUUUGGAGUCGGUGCUGUGUGACUGGAUCAGGGAAAACGGUCGCGUUCCAAGCGGAAACUACCAGCUGGACCGCUGGGAGUCCAUGCCAUCGCCCAGGUCCCUCUCCGAUACGGAAAAUGACUCUCCAGAGUAUGCACCGAUGGGCAGGGAUGUGCCGAACGAACGAAUAGGCGCACAACGUGCAGCACCUCGCGGUGACGAAGGCGGCGCUGCAGAUAGAGAACGGCGCUUCGGACGUUAUCGCACAGUCCGGCGGGCCGUUUUUGAUGAAGAGGGCGAGGCAGACGCAUUUGAUGAAUAUGAACCCGCAAGCGUGGCCAACGGUGACGACUGGUGGCACCGUCUGGUGCGCGUGUUCAUCGGGCAGAGCGUGCCGCUACCCACGGGCGUGCUUGCGGACGAGUCGCUGCGGGUUCGCGUUCGCGACAAGCACGGUGGUGUCCGUAGCGACCGUCCGCUUAUUAGCGGCAUUCCUGCAAUGCCGAACGAGUACGACGGGCCGCGUGGUCGCCGACGCGGAGCGGAGGAUCGGGAAACUGCACAGAAUCGAGACCCGUACCUUGAACAGCUCCUUCGCUUUGAAGAGGAGGAAGCCUACCGGAAAGCAAGUCAGGGCACUCGAUGGCGUGCUGGUAGCAGUAGCGGGAGGCGCAGUGCGUUCCGCUCCAAGGAGGCCCAGGCGUUCCCUGAUGAGGAAGACAUGGUUGACGACUGGAACGAUGCACUCAUGGAUAACGGUAUGCAGGACUGGAUACCGUUUUUGGCGCUGGGCGGACUCGCCCUGUUUCUGUAUCUGGUAAGCGCCCUAUCGAGUACAGGUAAUGCGUUGCCACCGGAAUCUUUGGGAUUUUAG